AUGUUGGAAAAGUGUUUCGGCAACGAUUCUCUAAAGAAAACGGUCGUUUACCAGUGGCACGAGUGGUUCAAAAGUGGUCGUGAGUCAAUCGAAGAUGAUGAACGCAGUGGCAGACCAUCGACAUCGAAAACUGACGAAAACAUUGAUAAAGUAAAAGAAAUAUUGUUCAAUAACAGCAAAUUAACCAUCAGGGAGAUAGCGGAGGGCUUGAACAUUGCCUAUAUAUCCGUCCAAGACAUUUUGGUUAAUGAUUUGGGUUUCCGUCGUGUAGCAACAAAGUUGGUCCCAAAAGACCUCAUUUUCACGCAAAAAAGAGACCGUGUUGACGUCGCAAAAGACAUGAUUUGCGAGGCUGAAUCCGAUCCCACAUUCAUCAAAGGAUCAUUACUGGAGACGAGACGUGGGUUUUAUGAGUACGACACGCAAUCCAGACAUCAGGCAAGUGAAUGGCGUUCAUCAAAGUAA